ACAGAACACAAAAAAAAGAGAGAACUGAGAAGAGAAAAGAAAACGGCAAUGCGCGCGACAGACCUCCUGUACGCUCCAGCCGGCGGCAGCAACUCUCUCCACCAGUCUUCUUCAUCAUCAAAAAGUGUUCUUGCCCCAAUACGGUGGAGCAGAGUGGCGGAUGCGAAGCCCACCGGCGUACUCAUGUUUUGAAGGGAAUUCAGGUUCUGAAACGGCAGAAUAGAAAAGCUUCGCAACCAUAUGUCGCUGUGCUCUGUUCUCUUCUCUCUCUCUCUCUCUCUCUCUCUCUCUCUCUCUGUAGCAGUACAAGUAAUUCAUGGUGCAUGUGUUUGAGAUUGAGAUGUGGUUUUGGUUGGAUGUAGUCACAGGGAUAUAGAUUUCUGGCUUAAUUUGUAAUGGAGAAUGUUAUUGAGCUGUACUUUAAAGUUGGAGAACUGGCUGAAGCAAGGUCUUUCCAGAGUGGCUAUCGCGGUGCGUGGUUUCGAUGCAAGAUUAGAGACAUUACCAAGAGAAAAGGACAUAUUGGGCAUGUCUUAGAAUAUUACGAUUUCCCUGAUGAAAAAUUGAAAUGGACGAAGCUAUAUCAGCAGGUGCCUCCUCAUCAUGUGGGGAAGGGAAAAGAGAAACAUAGAGAACUGAUGCUAAGGCCAUGCUACCCACCUAUUUAUAACAAAAAGCAAAUGCCUCAAGUCAGUGAGAUUUCAGAAGUGGCAGUAAUUGUUGAUGAUUCCUGGAAAGUGGGGGAUUUGGUGGACUGGUGGACUACUGAUUGUUAUUGGUCUGGAAGAAUAACAAAGUUAUUGGGUGAUGACAAGGCCGAGAUUGAGCUGCACCCACCGCCUCUUGGCGAAGGUUCAUCUUAUGAAGUUCAUGUCAAGGAUAUACGCCCAUCUUUAGAUUGGUCUCCGCAAUGUGGUUGGUCGGUGCCUAAUCAGGAAGGUGACACUGGUGGUGCCUGCGCUCAGCUUAUUAAACCUGUAAAUCAAGUUAUUGGCAUGCUUCAAGUUAUGGAUACCAAUAGUGAAGGUCAGGUAACUGAGGCUGGUGUUAGGACAGCUGAUUUAUCGGUUGGAUUGUGUUCUCCAGUUUCCUCCAACUCCGGAACUGUUUCAGAUGAAGUGAAGAGCACAGGAACAACAGAGAGGCAGAUACGGUCUUUUGGAACAAGAGUCUCUGAGCAAGUGAAGGACAUACAAGAAAAAGGUGUGAGCCUGGGAUGUGGGGAUACUCGCACAAGGAUUACAAGUUUAACAGAUUGUGCUUCUGGGCGGACUUCAGCUGAACCUGCGGUUGAAGUUGCUGAGAAGGACCUCAAUUCCAGUACUCCCCUGAAGAAGUACGGAGCCAAUGGACAAGUCACUCUCCAUUCCAUGCGUUCCGACACAUUUGAAGCAGCAAUUUUGGACCUCGAAGACUAUUUACACAAGGUUAAAAGGCUCAAGGCGAUUUUGCAUUAUGGAGUUUCAUCCUCUGAUGCUCCCAGGCCUCAAUGGGAAUUUGUUGAACCCCAUGCUGCCUCAGAAAUACCAAACUGAAUGCCUCAUAUGUGUAAUUACUCCUCCUUUAGCUUUUAAGCUGAGCAAAUUAAAGAAACUGCUUUGAGGCUGCUUGAAAUUUUUGUUGUCUGCCAUGCAGCAUUAGUUCGCAUCUAGUGAGUGAUUAAAAAGCUUGGCUUUCUGGAGAUCAUUGAGUAAUCUUCAAGUUUCUGAAGUAGAAGCAAGGAAAAAAAUAACUUCUA